CGGACACCGGAACUGACGUCAUGUGCCAAGGCGAUAGCACUUGCUUGCUGUAUGUGCACAAGCUUCCUGUGUAUCGGUUUCUCCCUCGGUUUGGGAGUCGUGUUUGUCCAAAUCCUUGAUGUCUUCAACACCACCCGUGCACAGACGUCACUGAUGCAGUCGUUGUGUAUUGGCUUUAUAUACGCAGGGGCAUUGAUAUGCGGACCGAUAGUCCAGAAGCUAGGACCAGGAAACUCUUUGAUAUUAGGAGGCCUGUUGUCCCUGGUAGGAUGUGUGGGGGCUAGCUUUGCCCCUAACGUGGAGGUGCUCAUCGUCACUGUUGGAUUUAUAACAGGUAUUGGACUAUGUUUCGCCUUUUUCUCGUCGUAUAUGGUGGUGAGCCGAGUCCUGACGAAGAACAAGGGCAUGGGUGUGGCCCUCAUCACGGCAGGGUCAGGACUUGGGUCCUUCCUAUACCCCCAGAUUAACAGACUUAUAUUGGACGCAUAUAGGUGGAGGGGGCUGUUUCUCCUCCUAGCAGGUGUCAACUUCAACAUUUGUCUCCUUGGAUUCAUGGUCCGUUGUUUGACGAAGCCUCUUUUCUUGACCAAACCUUCGAAAACGGACCUCAAGCGUACAUCUAAAUCGUUUAAUGUUCACGUAUUCAAGAACGUACCUUACACAAUAUUUCUAUUUUGUCAAUUACCGAUAUGGAUGUUUUACACUGGACUGUCCGUUUUCAUCGUUGACAUUGCUGAAAACAGAGGUUACUCACUCGAGGCUGCGUCGUUACUACUCUCUGCCCUGACCAUCUCAACCGUUGCUGGAAGUUUGCUCGGCGGGAUACUGGACUCGGUGCUACACAUUCCAGCCCUUCUGUCUUCCUCUGCAGCCUUGCUUGUCUGUGCACCUCUAACCUUCGCAUUCGUCUACUUUCAUGAUUAUGGCGUGAUGGUAGCUCUUGCAAUUGGUCAUGGAGCUUUCAUCGGUACGGUGGAUGUGUGCAUACCAAUUGUUGUGCAUCAACUGUGUGGUCCCGCUAUGUAUUCCUCGGCUUUGUCGUUCUUUUUUGGACUUUCAGGCUUGUCCGAUAUUUUAAGCGGACCCGUGAAUGGCGCCAUCAGAGACAUGACAGGGGACUAUCUCCUGAUGUUUUACCUGGCCGGUGGAGUAGCCCUGGUGAUGGGGGUUGUCUUACUGUGUCUGGAACUGUGGAUGCGACGAGCAAAGUCUUCAUUAAAGGACGUAUAUAUUUCUCGUGAAACUGUGGAUACUAAAUUGUGAAUAUCAAAUUAUAUAACACAUCUUUCGAGUCAUCCAAAAUCAAGAUGAAAAUUAACAUCAUCUAACAAACAGUCAUUAAACGUUUGCAAAUAGUUCAUGAAUGGCCGGGUUGUUCGUGUUAAUGAAUGUACAACGAAAGUUGUAAAGAUUUGAUUGAAAGAUUGAAAGAUUGAUUUCGUAUGAAUGCUUCUGUUAAAAUGCUUCCUCGUUACCAUUGAAUUAUUGUCACCAUCACCAAUCUUGGAUGAAAAUAUGUUUUAUCCAGACAGGUGGCCCAGUCGUCAAAGGAGCCACAAUUCACUCUGAAGAGUUGCGUCCCUUGUGCA